AUGACGCUGCUGUGCAGCGAGGCCAGCCCGUCCGAGGACCCCGAAGGUGCCGUCGGCGAGGUGUCGCGCCACUGCAAUCUGCGCAUGGCGUACAUGAAGCAGGACCACCUGAAGGCGCUGGGGCCCUUCUUCGACACCUCCCCGUUCGUGUACAUCACCGAUCGCUUCAAGUACGGCUACGACGGGGACCUGCAGAAGAGGCUGAUGGAGCCCGAGGACGAGGAGGAGGCGGACAGGCGCAAGGCGCUCGCGAAGGAGCACGGCAAGUACGGCAACCAAGUGGCCGAGCUGGUCAGCAGGACGAAGAUGGGCUCCACCCUGGCCUACGAGGUGCGCUGGGAGGGCCUGGACGACCCCAAGCAGAACACGGUGGAGACCAUCUCGAAGCUCAAGGCGAUGGGGUUGGACAAGGUGGUCAUCGCCUGCGACGAGCGCAUCGCCGCGAAGGCGGCUGGCCUGGACCAGAAGCCACUGACGAGGCGCGAGGUGGUCAGGCACUGCGAGGCGUUCGGCAUCGACGAGGAGAUGUGCUGCAACCGGCAGAUUCGGGGCUUCUCUGCGGGCCAGAAGGUGAGGCUGUCGCUGGCCGCUAUGUUCUGGACGAAGCCGCACCUGAUCGCGGUGGACGAGCCGACCAACUAUCUCGACGUGGAGACCGUGGAGGCGCUCGCCAAGGCGCUCACGAUGUUCCGCGGAGGCAUCCUGAUGAUCGAGCCCAAGACCGACUUCGUGGAGAGGAUCUGCAACGAGAAGUGGCACAUGGAGGACGGGACGAUCACCGUCGAGAAGCUGAAGAACGGGGCCAAGCGGCAGGCCUGA